AUGAAUCUACGAGCUCAACAGUGGCGGUCACCAGAUGCUGUCUGCGGUCAUGGGGAUAAUUUCUACUGGGUCGGCAUUAAUAGUCGUGAGAGCCGUGACCCUCGCUUCAAGGUUUCAUUCGAGGACAUUUACAACGGCAGCAGUCUUCUUCCCGUCCCUUGGUUUAAUGUCAUGGGCAACCACGACUACGGUGGUGCCAACUACAUCUGCAACAGUGGCGAUAACCUUGUCAGGUGCAACAGCUCGGCGGAAAUGCUACAAGGAUUGGACAACAAAUUUAGUUUACAAGCAGAAUACGUCAGUCCAAGUAACAACCGCUGGAACCUGAAAGACCAAUUCUACAUUGAGAAGCUGGUCGAUUCUGUCAACGACGUCAGCGUCGACAUCUUCAACAUCGAUACGAAUGAUGCCGAUGUGGCCGGUUCAAUUACUGUCUGCUGCCAGUGUUACGGCUAUGCGGGGAAUGAUAGUAGCGGAUGUGGUAGCAUUGCUCGCGGAGACAAAUAUUGUGCCGGUGGAGACGUGGCCAUGUACGAUGCCUGCAUUGCCAGAUUCUCGGAGUGGUCCGAUGAAUCGCGUAUGAAGCUUGCGAAGGAGGCAACCGAGUCAAAAGCGACGUGGAAGAUGGUGAACACCCACUUUGGUUUACCGCACUACGGAAAGAUUGGUACGGAAAAGAUGGUCAAUGCUUUGAAUGGUACAGGUGCUCAAAUUUACAUUCAUGGCCACACCCAUGGUGCCAACGUCGACUACUCGCCGAAACUUUCGACUUACUUUAUUGAAAACGGAGUUGGUGGUGGUCAAAAGAAAGAACCAGCAAGUGGAAUUACGGAUUAUAUGAAAGACUUUGUCAUGAACGAGUGGAGCUACGCAAAUGAUGGGUACGGUUUCUUUUCAAUUGACUUUUCUCCGUACUGGGCGAAGGUGCAGUUCCACUCAACGGGACCCGACUGGGUGUUCACAGAGAACUAUGCUGAUAUUACGUUUGGCAACAUUUCGACCAAGUUCUGCAUGUACAUUCCAGUUGACGGCUCCGAAGGAAUUCGGUGCUAG